UUGUUUUUUUAUUUUAUAGUUUUGGACUUGUGAAUGCAGUUGAAAAGUGUUAUAUUUGUCAUUAUCCAUUAUUAUCUCGACAAUUCUAUAUCUUUCCAUGUCAGCAUGCUUUCCAUGCUGAAUGUAUGAUUCAAAGGAUAACACAAUUUUUACCUCCACGAUCACUUCGACGUUUAGCACAAUUGGAAGAAGCAUUACAUCCGUCUUCGCCAACAACAGCACCAUCAACAGGACUCACAAGCAGUAUAGCGAUGACUGGACCAGCUACGAAAUGGAUGCAUGCAGCAGCAGGUGCGAUCUUUUCAGGUGAUAGCACAACUGAUGUAAUAAUAGAUACCAAUCAUUCGGCGGAAGCAAUGAAGGAACAAUUGCAAGAAGAAAUGGAUAACAUUAUAGCUAGUGAAUGUGUACUUUGUGGUGAUACCAUGAUCAAAUCUAUUGAUCAACCUUUUGUGAAUGAUGAAGAAAUGGAUGCAAUGACUGAAUGGGCUAUUUAAUAAAAAAAAAUAUAUAUAUUUUUUUUUGAUAAAUAUGAA